AUGGCGAAACUAGCAGCUUCAGCUUGCCUUCUCUCAUGUCUCCUUGUCAUGUUCUUGACUUCAGUCUCAGCAGUCAAAGAUGAAGAAGAUAAGCAGGUGUAUAUUGUCUACAUGGGCUCACUUUCGUCUCGAGCGGAUUACAAACGAACGUCCGAUCACAUGAGUAUUCUUCAAGAGGUCACCGGAGAAAGUUCGAUCGAAGGUCGUUUGGUAAGAAGUUACAAGAGGAGCUUCAACGGUUUCGCGGCCAGGCUCACUGAGUCAGAACGGGAGCGUGUAGCCGAAAUGGAGGGAGUCGUGUCUGUAUUCCCAAACAGGAAGUUACAACUCCAAACGUCGACAUCUUGGGACUUCAUGGGGUUAAAGGAAGGAAAGAAGACAAAGAGGAAUCCUACCGUGGAAAGUGAUACCGUUAUCGGAGUCAUCGACAGUGGGAUUACGCCUGAAUCUCUGAGCUUUUCCGAUGAAGGCUUUGGUCCUCCUCCUAAGAAAUGGAAAGGUGUUUGUUCCGGUGGCCAAAACUUCACAUGCAACAACAAGUUGAUUGGGGCAAGAGACUACACAGACGAAGGGACUAGGGACACGGAAGGGCAUGGUACACACACCGCAUCUACGGCCGCUGGAAACGCAGUUGUGGACUCAAGCUUCUUUGGAAUCGGCAACGGAACCGUAAGAGGUGGCGUUCCAGCCUCUAGAGUUGCCGCUUACAAAGUCUGCACCGCCACAGGGUGUAACUCGGAAGCUAUAUUGUCUGCGUUUGAUGACGCGAUUGCUGACGGUGUAGACCUAAUCACCAUCUCUAUGGGGGAUGAAGCGGCGCACAUGUUCCAACGUGACCCGAUUGCGAUCGGGGCUUUCCACGCUAUGGCCAAAGGGAUUCUCACUGUGAAUUCUGGGGGUAACAGCGGUCCAGAUCCGACCUCAGUGUCGGCAGUAGCCCCGUGGAUCUUAACCGUUGCUGCCAGUACCACGAACCGUGGGUUCGUCACCAAAGUGGUUCUCGGAAACGGCAAGACACUUGUCGGAAAGUCAGUGAAUGCCUUCGAUAUGAAAGGAAAGAAAUACCCUCUAGUCUACGGAAAAUCUGCAGCUUCCUCUUCUUGCAAGGCAGCAGACGCAGGGCUUUGUUCGCCAGAGUGUCUAAACAAAAGCCGUGUGAAUGGGAAGAUAUUAGUGUGUGGUGGUCCAAGUGGUUUGAAGAUAGCUGAAUCAGUUGGAGCUACAGGAAUCAUUUUUAAAACCCCUAAACCAGACGUCGCCUUCAUUCACCCUUUGCCUGCCUCUGGUUUACUAACAGACGAUUUUGAGUCUCUCCUCACUUACCUUGAGUCUACAGGUUCUCCAGAAGCAACUGUUCUAAAAACUGAAGCCAUCUUCAAUCGGACAUCUCCUGUUAUUGCUUCCUUCUCUUCUCGCGGUCCCAACACUAUCGCUGUUGAUAUUCUCAAGCCGGAUAUAACAGCACCGGGAGUGGAGAUCCUCGCUGCAUAUUCACCUGAUGCUCAACCGUCUGAAAAUGACACCAGACAUGUCAAGUACUCUGUUCUCUCUGGAACUUCAAUGUCUUGUCCGCACGUUGCAGGAGUGGCUGCGUAUGUAAAGACGCUCAACCCUAAGUGGACUCCUUCCAUGAUUCAAUCCGCCAUCAUGACAACUGCUUGGCCGGUAAAUGCUACUGGCACUGGAAUCGCAUCGACAGAGUUUGCUUAUGGAUCUGGACAUGUCGACCCGAUAGCUGCUGUAAAUCCUGGACUCGUCUACGAAUUGGACAAAUCAGACCACAUAGCCUUUCUCUGUGGCAUGAACUACACUUCGAGUGUCCUGAAAGUCAUCUCCGGUGAAACCGUCACUUGCUCAGAAGAAAAAAAAAUCUUACCAAGAAACCUCAACUAUCCUUCAAUGUCAGCCAAGUUGUCGGGAUCUAAUAGCAAAUUCACUGUUACUUUCAACAGAACUUUGACUAACGUCGGCACACCAAAUUCUACCUACACAUCAAAGGUUGUAGCGGGUCACGGAUCUGAACUCAACGUCAAGGUCACGCCUAGUGUUCUGUCUUUUAAGACAGUGAAUGAGAAGCAAUCUUUUACGGUCUCUGUUACAGGCAACGAUGUCGACACUGAAGUUCCUUCGUCUGCAAAUCUAAUAUGGUCUGACGGUAUCCAUAACGUGAGAAGUCCCAUCGUCAUUUACAUUAAUGAGGAGUUCUGAGGAGCCAUCUUCAAAUCACCACCAUAAUAAAUAAAUCUUUAUUGCUGUAAUGUUUCUUCAUUCUAUGUUUUACCUUUUCUAAUUUAUCUAUUAUGUCUCGGCUUCCUAUAUGUAUGUGUUGCUAUCUUCGGAUAUGCGUACGUGUUGGAUAAUCUAAUCUAAA